UGGAUGCUGUUCGUGUUCUCUUUCAGAAUCCAGUUCUGUAGCCAGGAGAUCAUAAUCAUCCGGGAGGACCUGGUCAACAAAAUGUGCCGAAACUGCGUGAGGUUGCCAAACACCAAUCUGGACAUACCCAACCAUUUUGUCCGGAGCAUCCUGUCGCAGGCUCACCUGGCCCCGCUGCCUCUCUCCGUCACUCCUGUGUUUUGGGCUUACGACUACACCCUGCGUGUGUACCCCGUCCCCGACGUGGUGGUUUUUGCCGACAAGUACGACCCCUUCAGCGUCACGCACUCCAACUGCCUUUGCGUCAACCCG